ACGGGGGCGCGCGGCGCUCGGCGAGCGGAGAUGGGAGGGGGCCUGGCUCCCAGCCCCUUCCUCGGCUCGCUUCGCGGAGCUGGCGGCGGCGGCUUCUGAGCCGCUGUCACCGCGAAGGGACCGGUGGCGGCCGCCGCUCCUCGCCGCUCUCCCCACACGCCCCCGCGCGCAGACACCCGGUCCUUCCUCGGCACCCCCCCACGGUGGGGGUGGGGCAGAGGCGCGGCGAGCGGGAGACCGAGGGGGGAGAGGAGCCGUCUCGCCGGGUGGGCAGCCAGGCGGCAGGAAAAGAAACUUUUCCCUCCCGCCCCCCGCGCGUGGUCCCUAGCUCGCGUCUACCCCAGCGGCUGGGAACUGCACCUGAGGCCGGGGCGCGAGGUCAGGGCCGGGCUUUGGGGAACCGGGGGGAGGGGUGUUGGGUGACGUGCAUUGGGGUUCCGUUUGCCCUCGGCCUCCUUACAGCCAGGGGCCAGGGUGGGAGGGCGGCCAUCGGCACCCCCAGCCCCUGUUUCCCGCAAGCCGGUGUCUGGAUGCUUUGCUGCCUCCUCCCGCUGGUGAGGGUGUGACCCGAGAAGGGGGCUGCGGCGCCGCGGGCUCCCCCUGAAGCCGCCCCCUCAACACACACUCGCCCACACACACUUACACGCUCCGUAGCCGGAGCUGUCACCGGUCACCCCAGGCCCGGGGAGGGGGCGCGGAGAGCCUGCUGCGGGGAGACCGGCGCGGGGUCAUCCCGCCGGACUUCCCGGCUCACAGAGCCACCGUCGUCACCGCCCGGAGGCCAGCAGCCUCGGGAGAGGGGCCCGCUAGAGCCGCGGCCGCCGCUGCUGGGGGCGGGCAGGCACCCGCGUCCUCCUCUGCGCUAUUUGGCGCCGCCGCCUUGCCUCCUCCUGCGGGGUAACAACACUACUGCUCUAUUGCUCUACCCACCGUCAGUAGGGCGACUGCCGGAUUAUCUUCCUCUCCAUCCUUACUGCCAAUCCGCUAAUAUUGGAGUUGCUGCUGGCGGCGGAGGCAGCAGGAGUGUGGCUGCCCCCACCCACCCCCCGCCCCGCGCCCCAGCCUCCCCACCAUGUCCUAGAAAAGCGAUGGAGACCAAAGGCUACCACAGUCUCCCUGAAGGUCUCGAGAUGGAAAGACGGUGGGGUCAAGCUUCUGAGACUGUGGAGCGUUCUUCCCUGGGACCCACGGAGCGGACGGAUGAGAGUAACUACAUGGAGAUCGUCAACGUCAGCUGUGUUUCCGGUGCUAUUCCAAACAACAGUACUCAAGGAAGCAGCAAAGAAAAGCACGAACUUCUCCCUUGCCUUCAGCAAGACAACAAUCGGCCUGGGAUUCUAACCUCUGAUAUUAAAACGGAGCUGGAGUCGAAGGAACUGUCUGCCACCGUGGCGGAGUCCAUGGGCUUGUACAUGGAUUCCGUGAGAGACGCCGACUACUCUUACGAUCAGCAGCACCCGCAGGGAAGCGCCAGUCCAGCCAAGAUCUACCAAAAUGUGGAGCAGCUGGUAAAAUUUUACAAAGAGAAUGGCCAUCGUCCUUCCACUCUUGGGGGUGUGAGCAGGCCCUUGAGGCCAUUUAUGCCUGACUCCGGGAGCUUGGUGAACGGUGGGGUCAUGCGCGCUGUCGUGAAGAGCCCCAUCCUGUGUCACGAAAAGAGCCCGUCCGUGUGCAGCCCCCUGAACAUGACAUCUGCGGGUUGCAGCCCUGCAGGGAUGGGCUCUGUGUCCUCCAGCUCAGCCAGCUUUGGCAGUUUUGGCGUGCAUAGCCCCCUCACCCAGGGCACUCCUCUCACAUGCUCCCCUAAUGUGGAGAAUCGGGGCUCCAGGUCACACAGCCCAGCCCAUGCCAGCAACGUGGGCUCUCCCCUCUCCAGUCCCCUGAGUAGCAUGAAGUCCCCGAUUUCCAGCCCCCCCAGCCACUGCAGUGUCAAAUCUCCAGUCGCCAGUCCAAAUAACAUCACUCUGCGAUCCUCUGUAUCCAGCCCUGCAAAUAUCAACAACUCAAGGUGCUCCGUUUCCAGCCCUUCCAACACAAAUAACAGAUCCUCGCUGUCCAGCCCAUCUGCUAGCACUGUGGGGUCUAUCUGUAGCCCCAUAAGCAAUGCCUUCAGCUACUCUGCUUCAGGCACUCCCGCUGGAUCCAGCAGUGCCAGGGAUGUGGUUCCUAGUCCAGACACUCAUGAGAAAGGUGCUCAAGAGGCCCCCUUUCCCAAGACUGAGGAAACAGAGAGUGCCAUCCCCAAUGGUGUGACUGGCCAGCUUAACAUCGUCCAGUACAUAAAGCCGGAGCCAGAUGGAGCUUUCAGCAGCUCAUGCCUAGGAGGAAAUAGCAAAAUAAAUGCCGAUUCCCCAUUCUCAGUACCAAUCAAACAAGAAUCAACCAAGCAUUCGUGCUCGGGAACCUCUUUUAAAGGGAAUCCAACUGUCAACCCCUUUCCAUUCAUGGAUGGCUCGUAUUUUUCCUUUAUGGAUGAUAAAGACUAUUAUUCUCUGUCAGGAAUUUUAGGACCACCUGUGCCCGGCUUUGAUGGGAACUGUGAAGGCAGCGGGUUCCCAAUGGGGAUUAAACAAGAACCGGAUGACGGGAGCUAUUAUCCAGAGGCCAGCAUCCCUUCAUCUGCCAUUGUCGGUGUGAAUUCAGGUGGACAGUCUUUUCACUACAGGAUUGGUGCUCAAGGUACAAUAUCUUUAUCACGAUCAGCUAGAGACCAGUCUUUCCAACACCUGAGUUCCUUUCCUCCGGUCAACACUUUAGUGGAGUCGUGGAAAUCACACGGUGACCUGUCAUCGAGAAGAAGUGAUGGGUAUCCGGUCCUAGAAUACAUUCCAGAAAACGUAUCAAGCUCUACUUUACGAAGUGUUUCUACUGGAUCCUCAAGACCUUCCAAAAUAUGUUUGGUGUGUGGAGAUGAGGCUUCAGGAUGUCAUUAUGGGGUGGUAACCUGUGGCAGCUGCAAAGUGUUCUUCAAAAGAGCAGUGGAAGGGCAACACAACUAUUUAUGUGCUGGAAGAAAUGAUUGCAUCAUUGAUAAGAUUCGAAGGAAGAAUUGUCCUGCCUGCAGACUUCAGAAGUGUCUUCAAGCUGGAAUGAAUUUAGGAGCUCGAAAGUCCAAGAAGUUAGGAAAGUUGAAAGGGAUCCACGAGGAACAGUCCCAGCAGCAACAGCCCCCCCCUCCCCCCCCACCCCCCCAGAGCCCAGAGGAGGGGACGACAUACAUCGCUCCCGCAAAAGAGCCCUCGGUCAACUCGGCGCUGGUCCCUCAGCUCUCCACAAUUUCACGCGCGCUCACGCCUUCCCCGUCUAUGGUCCUCGAAACCAUCGAACCCGAAAUUGUGUACGCAGGCUAUGACAGCUCAAAACCAGAUACAGCCGAAAAUCUGCUCUCCACCCUAAACCGCUUAGCAGGCAAACAGAUGAUCCAGGUCGUGAAGUGGGCAAAGGUACUUCCAGGAUUUAAAAACUUGCCUCUCGAGGACCAAAUUACCCUAAUCCAGUAUUCUUGGAUGUGUCUGUCAUCAUUUGCCUUGAGCUGGAGAUCGUACAAACAUACGAACAGCCAGUUUCUCUAUUUUGCACCAGACCUAGUCUUUAAUGAAGAGAAGAUGCACCAGUCUGCCAUGUAUGAGCUCUGCCAGGGGAUGCACCAGAUCAGCCUGCAGUUCGUCCGCCUGCAGCUCACCUUUGAAGAGUACACCAUCAUGAAAGUGCUGCUGCUGCUGAGCACAAUUCCAAAAGAUGGCCUCAAAAGCCAGGCUGCAUUUGAAGAAAUGAGGACAAAUUACAUCAAAGAACUGAGGAAGAUGGUAACCAGGUGUCCCAACAACUCUGGACAGAGCUGGCAGAGGUUCUACCAACUGACCAAGCUUCUGGACUCCAUGCAUGAUCUGGUGAGCGACUUGUUGGAAUUUUGCUUCUACACCUUCCGGGAGUCCCAGGCCCUCAAAGUGGAGUUCCCCGCGAUGCUGGUGGAGAUCAUCAGUGACCAGCUGCCCAAGGUGGAGUCUGGGAACGCCAAGACCCUUUACUUUCACAGGAAGUGACGGGAGGCGUCUCACCAGGAGAACUUUGCCUUAAGUUUCCCCGUGUUUAUUCCACACCCACGAAGGACCCAAGAAAUCCUAUUUUUAACACAUGAGGGGCGAUCCCCACUUGUCCAGCAGUUUCUCAAGUUGAAAAUCCUGCCGAGGGUUUGGAGGCAGGGCAAGCAGGGUGACGUGGACUUGGUGAGACCUGCGCAAUCUGGAAGGUUCUUCCCUCUCCAAGCCCCAGCGCUUAAAAAACACGCUCCCGUUCCUCUGGAUGAAAAGCCAUAUCUAGUCAAUAACUCUCUUGAUUUUGAUACUUUAACAGAUGGAGGUUUUAACUCUGCCGUGUAGUUUCUGGUAUCGUUCGCUCCUUUUAAAAGGGUUCACGGACUAACGAACUUUUUCAAGCUCACCCCUGGUUUGCACAUAAAACGUAGAGUUGAUAUGGGGCAUUAAUAUUCUUUUGUUAUUUAAAAAAAAAACAACAAAAAAAGAAAAUAUAUACAGAUUCCUGUUGUGUAAUAACAGAGCACGGGGCGGGGACUGGUGGCCCCUGGGGGGGCAGGGGGCUCUGCCUCGCCCGUGUCUCUCUGCAUCACUGGUAUCCACACCCCCUCUCGUCCAUUUCUUAUUUAAUUAGAAUGGUAAGAUGUUAAAACAAAUGCCUUGGUUUCAAUUUCUAGUAUCUAUUGUGUUGGCUUUACAAAUAAUUUUUGCAGUCUUUUGCUGUGCUGUACAUUACUGUAUGUAUAAAUUGUGAAGGACCUAAAAAUAAGGUAUAAGGAGCUUUUGUAAAUGAGACACAUACAAAAAAAAAAAAACUUUAAUGGUUAAUAGGAUGAAUGGGAAAGUAUUUUUGAAAGAAUUCUAUUUUGCUGGAGACUAUUUAAGUACUAUCUUUGUCUAAACAAGGUAAAAAAUACUUUUUUUUUUUGUAAAGUGUAAUGUUCUGCAUGCAUCAUGAACCGUUUACAGUGUAUUUAAGAAAGGGAAAGCUGUGCCUUUUUUAGCUUCAUAUCUAAUUUACCAUUUUACAGUCUCUGUUGUAAAUAACCACCCUUAAAACUUAACUCUUUGGUUGUCUUUAAGCCUUUCUACUUUUUCUGUACUUUCGUCCUUGGUCUCCCGCUCGGGGUGUUCGUGGGGCUUUGAGCACGUUUUCCAGCUUCUGCUUUCAUCCUCCUUCCAUCGGGGACAAGCGCUGUGAUGCCUGCAGCUCCGGGAAGGCGUCAUUGGACGACACAGCUGUCAGAGGAUGUCCCGGAAGGGUUGCAGGUUUACGAAAGCUGCCUCUUUUCUCUCAAGAAGCAGAAUCAGCUUUAGGAAAGAGAGACUGGAUCCUCGACGACUCAGAGAGCAUAUAUCCUCAUCCCAUUUCUGAAAAUUGAAUUUUCUCCUUCAGGGAGGAAAAAAAAUUCCGUGCACUCUCUACGUCUGCAAAAGGUGAACUGUCCACUUCCGGUCUUGGAAGAGGGUGGUGGGGGGGGGGAUCCUACACUCCUGGAACCGGUCAUGGGAACACGUAGGUCUUGGCAAGAGGCACUGGGAAGAUGCAAGUGGGCACGGUUCAGUCAGGACGGCGUGGAGACCGCACAAUAAUUAGAGGGUUUUUAGAUUUUUAAAAGGUAGGUUUUAAAAAUAAAUUUUGUACGUCAACAGUUUUGGGGAAAAAAAAAAAAACUACAGAUCAUAUAAGCAAGACAGUGGCACUUAAAUUUUUAAUUCACUAAUCUGUUUGAAACUGAUGCAAUUUAUGGCUUUCUCUCCAAAUCACUUUUUUUUGGUGAUUUUUCUGCCCCAAAUCACAAAUAUCUUUGGGGAAGUUUAACAGUAUGAUUGCACUAAAUAAACUACUUUGAAUAGAGUCCAAAUUAAUCUUGUAAAAGUGAUGAUAAUCAUCAGGUACUCAGUGAAAUCGCAUUAUUUUCCAAAACCUAAAAGUUGUAGCUGCAGAAGCCCAAGGCCGGGAGAUGGCAGCGUUGGGAUCAACAUUUUUCUCCAGGGUUCACCAUGCAGGCAACAUUACCCUGUCUUUCAGAAGACAUCUGCCUUAUGCAAGGGGAAACCUGUGAAAGCUGCACUCAGAGGGAGGAGUUUUUCUUACAUAAGUUGCAAUUUCAGGAAUUUAAUUUAUAGGCAGAUCUUUAAAUACAGCCAACUUACAUGCACAGCAAUAUGAAAGCCACAUUUGGAAGGUGAUCAAUACACAGCAUGCAGACUGGGAGCUUCUAAGAGAAGAAAUGGCUUAACAAGAGCAGCUUUUAGCUCAGACUGACUUUUUAUGAAAUCGGAAUUUCAACGCAA